AUGAAUGGAAAAGGCGGCAAAGUUCCGUCGUCAGUGGCGCGCCACUCGACGUACAACGCGAUCGCACUGGAGCAGAUCAAAAACGAAUUGAUGCCGUACGAGACGGGCCAGCAGUUGGGUGGUAGUCAGAUCAAUGCACCGUUGAAGCGCAAGCCGAGCAUCGAGAAGGAUGCACCGCAAUCGCCGCUGCACAUGCAGCGCACGAGUCCCGCCCUCGAUUCCGGUGCGGGAAGUUCCCGCUCCAACAGCCCACACUCGCAGCAGCCAUUCUCGGCGUCCGCGCUCGGGCGCAGCUCGCAGUACUCACCGUCCCCGUGCCCGACAAACUUCAGUGACGCGCCGCCCAUCCCACCGCCGCGCUGCUCCUCGACGCCCUCCACUCCUCAACCACCGAACCCGAUGCACCUGUUGAAGCGCAUGUCGCCGGCAUCGGUCGCCUCGACGCGCAACGGCCAGUUCGGUGGUGCGUCGUCGCAAUCGCCCGCUCGCGGCUCGUCGCCGAUUUCGAGCGGCGGCAAUCACCAGCUCCGGCAGCCGAUCAUUGUGCAGAAUGGGCCGCAGGUGCAGCAACAGCUGAGCCAGCAGAUGGCGGUCUAUACGAGCAGCGAGCCCCCGCCACCGUACCCACAGAUCGGGCCCUCGUCACCGCCCAACUACCUGUCAUCGUUUCACAGCCGCCAGAGCCCAACGCAGUCGUCGCAGUCGACCGACUUUCGCAAAAGUCCCAGCUCGGGCUUCUACUCGAACGCGUCGAUUGGCUCGUCCAGUCCGAUUACGGUCUCACAAGGAAGCACCGGCGGGGGAAGCGGAGGCAGCUCCAUCCAGCGGCCGAUCCCCCUGCAACCGAAACCUUCCGGUGCCCAUCCGCCACCGUCGAAGGCGGCCCAGCAUCCGAUCAUCAUGCACUCGGUGAAAUCGACGCAGGUCCAAAAGCCGAUCUUGCAGACGGCCGUCGCCCCACCCGCCCCGGCCUGUGGCCACCCGCUGCAGUCAAUCGAUCGACACAACAAUCCACCGCCACCAUCGUACGCCGUCUCGGUGCAGCAUAAGCUGAACAAGGCAGCCGGAACAACCGGAUACGCCCAACAACCGCCCCCAUCGCCAUCCGCCAUCGGGCAUGAAAGUGCUCAGCAGCAGCAACACCAGCAACACCAUCAUCCGGCGGGCUCGACGUCCGCUCCAAAGCAACCGCUUCGUGCAAAACCAUCCCUUCCGGGGCUACAACAGCAGCAUCCAGCAACAAUGCAAACCAGCAGCGGAACGGUCACUGGUGGUGGCCCAUCGUCCCCGGCACAGCCGCAGGUGUUAAACACCGGCAACAACAGCAAUGCCCCUACCAGCAAUGGAAACGGAUCCACCAACGAUCCGCCGUCGUACGAUUCAACUAUGAUUUUACUACAGAAACACUCAUCCCCCAAAAAGGAACCUCCACCUGCCUAUCUACAUGACGGUGGUGGUGGUGGUGGUGGGGGAGGAGGAGGCACUCCACCAUUGCCACCUCAACCCCACUGUUCCCCACAGGCUGCAGCCAUGGAGCAUAUGGAGCUGCAUAGGAACGGAGCGAAUCACCACCAACAUCAACAUCAACAUCAGCAGCAGCAGCAGCAGCAGCAGCAACAUCUCCACCUCAACGGCCACAACAAUCUAGAGGGUGCUGGGGGCAACAACAACAGCAGCAGCAGUAGCAACAUCCAUGCCAACAACUCCCACGGCAGUAGUAGUCAUACUGCGAACGCUAAUAUUAUUAACAACAAUAUGAUUAAUAACACUAAUAACGCUAAUGCAAAUAAUAAUCCUAUGAGCAAUAUGCAUAAUAAUAACAAUCAUAAUCAUAAUCACGAUCAUGUUAACGCGAUGAUGCACGUGAACGGCAAAGCAUCCCCGGCCAACGUCACUGGAAACAACAGCUACGCAAGUAACGCCCGUACGAAUGAGGAUGGGUUUACGCAACAGCAACAACAGCAUAAUCACCACCAUCACCAGCAGCUCCAUCUCAUCUCCGGACACCGUGGAAUGGAGGGUCUAAGCAAUGGCAUGCACUCAUCGGAACAGAAAGGCCCACCGACAACGACGAAGGGUCCACUAAAGACGCCGAGCGCGGCAUCUCAGCAGCAGCAAGCCAUAAGCGGUGCUGCACUCAAGAGUCUCGGUGCCAUGAUGAUGGGUGGUCAUCACCACAACAGUAGCCCCCACAACAACCAGCAGCAGCAUCAGGCAGUGUCACACGACGCCAAACAGCGAGGCAUGGCGACCAACAGCAACGUGCGCAGUAGCUUGAUGAAAACGGUCCGUUUCCCAGCGGCCACCAGCAAUGGCCCAGCACCGACCUAUACGAAUGGCACUGGUGGAGGUGGUGGUGGUGGAUCCCCGCAAGAUCAUGGUGGUAGUGGCAGUGGUAGUGGCGAAUCAUCGCCAGCAACAACCCCAACCUCUACUACAUCGUCGUCGGCGGCAAAUGGCGCUGGCGGUAACGCUGGUCCCUCGGGAAGCGGAGGAAGUGGUGGUGGUGCCAGUGGAGGUGGUGGUAGUAGCGGUGGUGGUGGCGGUGGCGAUGAUAAUCCACGAAAGAUCAAGCACCAGUCACCGAUUCCGGAACGGAAGAAUCUGUCAAAGGAGAAGGAAGCGGAGCGGUCCGAAUGCAAGGUGAAGCACUACUCGCCCCAGGCGUACAAGUUCUUCAUGGAGCAGCACAUAGAGAACGUGCUGAAGUCGUACUCGCAGCGCAACUUCCGCAUCAAGCAGCUGGAGAGCGAAAUGUCCAAGCUCGACCUGCCCGAGGAGACGAAGAUCGAGAUGCGCAAGCUGCUUUGUCAGAAGGAGAGCAACUACAUCCGGCUGAAGCGCGCCAAGAUGGACAAGUCGAUGUUCGCCAAGAUCAAGACGAUCGGCGUCGGGGCGUUCGGCGAGGUGACGCUGGUGAAGAAGAUCGACACCACCAACCAUCUGUACGCGAUGAAGACACUGCGUAAGGCGGACGUCCUCAAGCGCAACCAGGUGGCGCACGUCAAGGCCGAGCGGGACAUCCUGGCCGAGGCCGACAACGAGUGGGUCGUGAAGCUGUACUACAGCUUCCAGGACAAGGACAAUCUCUACUUCGUCAUGGACUACAUACCGGGCGGAGAUCUCAUGUCGCUGCUCAUCAAAAAAGGCAUCUUUGAGGAAGACCUAGCCAGAUUUUACAUAGCGGAACUGACCUGUGCAAUCGACAGCGUGCACAAGAUGGGAUUCAUUCACAGAGAUAUCAAGCCAGACAACGUGCUGAUCGAUCGGAAGGGCCAUAUCAAGCUGACCGAUUUUGGUCUGUGUACCGGGUUCCGCUGGACGCACGACUCGAAGUACUAUCAAAAGAAUGAUCAUGCCCGCCAAGAUUCGAUGGAAGCGUGGAGCAAGUUUGGUUCGGAAAUUCCACCACCACUGGAGAGGAGAAAGUUCCGCGAGAAGAAUCGCGCCAAGGCACACUCGAUCGUCGGAACGCCUAACUAUAUCGCACCGGAGGUGUUGCUGCGCAGUGGUUACACGCAGCUGUGCGAUUGGUGGAGCGUCGGAGUCAUACUGUACGAGAUGCUAGUCGGACAACCUCCAUUUUUGGCCAACACCGCAGAGGAAACACAGAUAAAGGUCAUCAAUUGGCGGCAGACAUUGAGGAUUCCGCAAGAGGCGCAGCUGACGCCGGAGGCGAAGGACAUCAUACUGCGGCUGUGCAAGAACGAGGACGAGCGGAUCGGGCGCAACGUGGACGAGAUCAAGUCACACCCGUUCUUCCGCGCGAUCGACUUCAGCAAGGACCUGCGCAGCCAGCAGGCGCUGUACGAGCCGAAGAUCAAGUACCCGACCGACACGUCCAACUUCGACCCGAUCGAUCCGGGCCGGCUGCAGGAUUCGUCGUCGUCCUGCGACGAGGGUGGCCACGGCAACCUGGACGAGGUGUGCGACAGCGGGAAACCGUUCCACCACGGGUUCUUCGAGUUCACCUUCCGGCGCUUUUUUGACGAUGAAUCUGAUCACAAAAUAACGCUCGACUCGAGCGAGGGACAGGCGGAAGCUAUUUAUGUAUAAUAAUAACUACUAAUAUUAUUAAUCUAUUCAUUAAAAUCGUUUCGAGCUAGCGUAAAUAACACAUAUUAUUUCUUUUCUACUAAAAACGCGCUACCGAAGCUCGACACCACCAUCCACGCUAAGAAGGAUGCUGAGGCGUCCGGUCUCGAAAAUAUUGUCACGCUCGAUAGCAGUGUGUGUAUGUGAGGGAGAAAAAGGGACACAUAGAGCGGAGAGGUCACUAGCGAGGGAAGAACAGGGAUUAACAACAGGGUAACGUGCGAAGGUUUCACCAUAAACUGGCUUCCAAUAGUCUUGGUGUGGAUUAUGAAGCGUUGACAUGAAGAAAAAGGCAGGAGAAAAGAUCAUAAGUGCACUUAGAAUUGGAAUGUUUGUAGGCCUUGUGUACGGGAGGAGCUGUAAGGUGUAUGAACAGGGGGAAAUAAUGAGAACGAUUGAAAGAUAACUAUCAUAGUUGAUGGUCCGUCAGUGUUAUUGAAAGGAAAAGGUUUACACAAAAAGCUUACAAUGCGAAAAGAUUGAGCUUUUAGUAGACGAACUUGCGUUAUUACGGUUAUUACGAAUGCGACGAGUGGGUACGGGGGGAGAGGGAAAGAGAGAUAAAGAAUGUGUGAGAUGAAUUAAAAGAAAAAGAAAUAGAGAGAGAAUGAACGAUAAAGAAAACGAGGAAGCCUUUAUACAGAUAUACAGGUGGUUUUUGGUCGAUAAAUAAUAUUACUAUUAUAUAUUUUAUUACUUUUAUAUGCAAAUUGUUGUACAGUGCAAAUAUGUGUGAUUCUGGAUUUACAGAGUAUUUAGAACGUAAGAAAGGGAAAGAGAAAAGCAGAUAGAGCGAGAGUGAGAAUGCGUAAAACAGAGAGAGGAGGGUGCAAACAAGCAAAAUAUAUUCUGAAUCGUAAUACUCUACAAUGACGGAAACUUGUAAAUCGCCGAAUAAAAACCUAGAAGAAAACAGUACAGAGCAAACAAUACAAAAAGCAUACAUGAAACGAAACGACAGGAUAACGAAAGAGUAGAAAUUAGAAACGACAGAGAGCUAAAUAUAAAUAUACAUAAAGCAUCCUUUAAACGGAAACAAAAUAGGAGGAAAUAACCAGUUAAACCUAGUAGAAAGUGUAGAAAAGGUAACAGGAGAUUGUAGAGAGAGAAAACGAAAUUCUUCACCUACAGAGCACAGACCACAAAGGGCAAAAAAUAUAAUCAGAAGAGAGAACACACAUUGAGCAGCGCAAAACAAUCAAAUCGACCGCAGGAAGGAUGCGAAACUAGAGCUCUGAUGCAAA